CGGGCUUCACAGGCUGUGGAAAGUGUUGGUGGUGUUUGAUGGUGAAGGCCACAUGUACCUAGGGCCCGGCUGGGAGCAUUUCGCCCGCGCCCAUGAGCUACAGCUCGGGUACUUCCUUGUCUUCCGCUACGACGGCGACGCCAUGUUCACCGUGAAGAUGUUCGACAACACCAUGUGCCGCAUGUACUACCAGCACGACGACGAUGCCAGCAAUGGGAGCAGCAGCGGGGAUGACGAGGAGCAGAGCGGGGAUGACGACGAGGAGCAGAGCGGGGAUGACGAGGAGCAGCCUAUUCUGGCUGACGACGAACAUGCUAUGGUGGUGGCUGACGACGAGCCUGCUAUGUUGGUGGCGGAUGACGACCUUGCUAUGGUGGUGGCGGACGACGACCUCGCGAUGGUGGUGGCGGACGACGACCUCGCGAUGGUGGCGGCGCCUGCAAUCCCACAGCUUGGCGACAGGACCAUGCCAAUUGUGGUAGAGGAGUACAUCCGCGUUGGGAUUCGCCACUCUGAGCGCAUCAGGUUGAUGAAGGAGAAGAAGGAGGAGUGAAGGUGUUAAGAAGG